GGCACUCACAGUCAGCCAGCGCCGGGUGGCCUUUGCUUGCUGACUGGCAGGAGAAGGCCUGGCUGUCCAGGGCGAUGGCCAGCGAGGGAAACUUCAGUCCCGCUGGGACAAAAGAGGUGAAAAGGGAGCUGCCUGCCACAGAAACACCAUUCCUCUCUGCUCCGGACGAGCUGGGCCAGCUGCCAGACAUGACUUCUCCUGGCCCUCCAGGACAGGGGGAAAGAGAACCCUGUGACACUGCCGGACGAGCGAUAAAGGAGGAGCGGGAUGUCCAACCUGGCAGUGAUGGACACGAGGCCAAACGAGUCCCUCCUGUUUCCACCAAGGGAGCGGGCAAAGCCAAUCAAUUCUCAUCCCUCUCCUUUCCGGAGAAGCUUUGGAAAAUAGUGCAAAGUGACCAGUUUCGGUCCAUUUGGUGGAGUGAGGGUGGAAAAUACGUGGCCAUCAAUGAAGAACUCUUCAAAGAGGAGGUGCUGGGCAGGGGAAGACCUCUGCGGGUUUUUGCCACGCAGAAGAUGAAGAGCUUCCUUCGACAGCUGAACUUCUAUGGAUUCACCAAAGUGCAACAGGAUUUCCAAAGAUCUACUUUCCUGCCUGAAUUCCUGGCAGAAGACAACGCAGCUUCUGCUCACAGCCAGGUACAGCAAUUACUCUGCACAUCAACUAACACUCACAAUAGUCUUGGGGAAGAGAAGGACCUUCACAUCAAAUAA